CCUCUCAGACUCUGCGUCUGCCAUUGCUCCUUGAGCAGAGUAUUCAUAAGGAAAGGGAGGCAAGGCAGCCGAAGAUGUCGACGUGCGCGGCGAGCCUGGCGCCGCUGCUGGGCACGGCGGCGGCGAACGCGACGGACUACCUGUGCAGCCAGUUCGCGGACACCACGACGGCGAUUGACUCGACGUACCUGCUCUUCUCCGCCUACCUGGUGUUUGCCAUGCAGCUCGGCUUCGCCAUGCUCUGCGCGGGGUCCGUCCGGGCCAAGAACACCAUGAACAUCAUGCUCACCAACGUGCUCGACGCCGCCGCCGGCGCGCUCUUCUACUACCUCUUCGGCUUUGCGUUCGCCUUCGGUACGCCGUCCAACGGCUUCAUCGGGAAGCACUUCUUCGGCCUCCGCGACGUUCCCCAGGUCGGCUUCGACUACAGCUUCUUCCUCUUCCAGUGGGCCUUCGCCAUCGCCGCGGCCGGGAUAACCUCCGGCUCCAUCGCGGAGCGGACGCAGUUCGUGGCCUACCUCAUCUACUCGGCCUUCCUCACCGGCUUCGUCUACCCGGUUGUGUCCCACUGGAUCUGGUCCGCCGACGGCUGGGCCUCCGCCUCCCGGACGUCGGGGCCGUUGCUCUUCAAGUCCGGCGUCAUCGACUUCGCCGGGUCCGGGGUUGUUCACAUGGUUGGCGGCGUGGCCGGGCUCUGGGGCGCGCUCAUCGAGGGCCCCCGCAUUGGGCGGUUCGACCACGCCGGACGAGCGGUGGCGCUGCGCGGGCACAGCGCGUCGCUCGUCGUGCUGGGCACCUUCUUGCUGUGGUUUGGCUGGUACGGGUUUAACCCCGGCUCGUUCCUCACCAUCCUCAAGUCCUACGGUCCACCCGGCAGCAUCCACGGGCAGUGGUCGGCGGUAGGCCGCGCGGCCGUGACGACCACCCUCGCCGGCAGCACGGCGGCGCUCACGACGCUGUUCGGGAAGAGGCUCCAGACGGGACACUGGAACGUGCUCGACGUCUGCAACGGCCUACUGGGUGGCUUCGCUGCGAUCACCGCUGGGUGCUCCGUGGUGGACCCGUGGGCGGCGAUCAUCUGCGGGUUCGUGUCGGCGUGGGUGCUCAUCGGGCUGAACAAGCUGGCCGCGAGGUUCAAGUUCGACGACCCGCUGGAGGCGGCGCAGCUGCACGGCGGGUGCGGCGCGUGGGGCGUCAUCUUCACGGCGCUGUUCGCGCGCAGGGAGUACGUGGAGCAGAUCUACGGCGUGCCGGGGCGGCCGUACGGGCUGUUCAUGGGCGGCGGGGGGCGGCUGCUGGGCGCGCACGUGGUGCUGAUCCUGGUGAUCGCGGCGUGGGUGAGCUGCACCAUGGGCCCGCUGUUCCUGGCGCUGAACAAGCUGGGGUUGCUGCGCAUCUCCGCCGAGGACGAGAUGGCCGGCAUGGACCAGACGCGGCACGGCGGGUUCGCGUACGCCUACACCGACGAGGAUUCCAGCAGCAGGCCGGGCCGCGGCGCCGGCGGCAGCGUCGGAGGGUUCAUGCUCAAGUCAGCGCAGACCUCGCAGGUCGCGGCCGACGCGACCCCGGGUGGCUCGGUCUAGUGUGAUUUUCACUGCUGUUGUAAUAAUGGAUAUAGUACAUGUUUCAUACACACGCACAAAUGACAUGCGUGCUAAGUGCAACGCCUCCAUAUAUUUCUCCUUUUUGUGUUGGGCUGGGUCUCGAUCGAACUCCUCAACGUUUGAUGCUACGUGAUAAGUACUAGUAAAAGUGCUCGUAUUGCACCGGAUUA